AUGUCGACCGAUUUCUGGGCUGGUUAUGCCAGCGGUGCCAUUGGAAUUCUCGUUGGAAAUCCAAUGGAUAUCAUCAAAGUCAGGCAACAAGCUACCAAUCGCCAGCGUGUACCAGGACCCAGGGACAGCGCCAUGUCGUUAGCCGGAAGUGCUGGCCCGAUACUAGGAUACGGUGCCCUCAACGCUAUACUCUACGUAGUAUACAACAGAUCUGAGGCAGGAAUCAACCAAUGCAUCGGCCGAGAUGGUGGCCUUUGGUCGACUUGGGUGGCUGGAGCUGUUGGUGGUCUGGCUACGUGGGUUGUGAGUACACCGACUGAGCUUGUUAAAUGCCAAGCACAGGUCAAGGUGCGACGGAGCGGGAACAGCUGGGACAUAACAAAAAGUAUAUGGCAAUCGCAAGGAAUUAGAGGGAUGUUCACAGGAGGCACUAUAACUGCAUUGCGUGAUAGCAUCGGAUAUGGGUUCUAUUUCUGGUCCUACAAGCUCAUGUGUAAUCAUUGGAAUACGAUAACAGGGUUGGAUGAAAGCAGCAAAUCAGCAGCUGCUCGUACACUAACAUGUGGCGGGAUAGCAGGCAUCGUGACGUGGGCCAGUGUAUUUCCUCUCGAUGUCAUCAAGACCCGUGUGCAGACCCAGCCGAUACAGGACUGGAAAUCCCACAUGGGCGCCGUCGAGAUUGCGAAAAAUGCAAUUCGAAAAGAAGGAGGGCAAGUGCUUUUCAAAGGAUUUACAAUAUGCUGCGCUCGAGCCUUCUUUGUCAAUGCAAUACAGUGGAUGGUCUACGAAUAUAUCAUGGAUAGAUAUCACACCACAAAGCUGCAGGUUGUGGAAUAUAACCAGGAUGCAAUUUAA